GUGACCAAAAUCCGGAAAACACAGUAUUACCAUUUCCUCGACUCCAGUGUCGCACAGUGCGUGGCGUCGUUUCCAACUUCUCUCCAAUGGCUCUACCCCUCCGUUGCUCCCAUUACACUCCACCGUUGGCUCCUUCAUUCCCUGCUUCUUCUUCAGUUGUUAGAUUCUUGCCCCCCAAUUUCCUCCAAUUCACGCUUCCUACCAUCCGUCCCCUCUGUUGCCGCCCGUUCCACCGGCGGCCUGUCACGGUCGUCACCGCCUCCCUCUCCGCCGUAGAUUCUCCAGCCACUUCCGGUAGCCAAGAGGAGAAGAAGCUCCUGCUCGAAGUCAAAGAACUGACGGCCGUGAUUGUGGAAUCCAAGCAACAAAUUCUCAAGGGCGUUAACCUCUCCAUCUAUGAAGGAGAGGUUCACGCAAUUAUGGGAAAGAAUGGUUCUGGGAAGAGCACACUGGCAAAGGUUCUUGUUGGCCAUCCAGAUUAUGAAGUUACGGGGGGUAGUGCAGUAUUCAAAGGGGAGAACUUGCUUGAUAUGGAACCGGAUGAAAGGUCACUUGCCGGGCUAUUUAUGAGCUUCCAGUCCCCUAUUGCGAUUCCUGGUGUGAACAAUAUUGACUUUCUGAAUAUGGCUUAUAAUGCUCGGAGAAGAAAACUGGGUCAGCCGGAGCUUGGACCGAUUGAGUUCUAUGCUUACAUUUUCCCCAAGCUUGAACUUGUGAAGAUGAAGGCAGACUUCCUUAAUAGAAAUGUUAAUGAAGGAUUCAGUGGUGGUGAAAGGAAGCGCAAUGAAAUUUUACAACUUGCAGUUCUGGGUGCAGAUUUGGCUAUCUUGGAUGAAAUUGAUUCUGGACUGGAUGUUGAUGCACUUCGAGACGUAGCAGAAUCAGUGAAUGGGCUUUUGACUCCAAAAAAUUCUUUAUUGAUGAUUACUCAUUAUGAGCGUCUUUUGAAUUCUGUAAAGCCUACAUGGAUCCACAUCAUGGAGGACGGGAAAAUUGUGAAGACAGGAGAUUUUUCAAUAGCAAAACUUCUGGAGGACGAAGGGUAUCGAGCAAUUUCUGCAGCAUAACUGCAUGGCAAUUGAUGUUGCAAUCCAAUCAUUUUUAAAUUGGGCUGAACAGGAUCUGUGCAUUGAGAGGCGGAUUUGUAGCUUCUGAGGCCCGGGUUGCAGCUGCACGCCAUCAAAAUUUCACUCCUGCUGUUGGCUAUAUUGUCAGAUUAUGUACCUUCACCAUAUCUUAUCUUCAAUAUACAUGCCUCUUUGUGUUAACACUUAUUAACUGAUUGCUCUCUUACAUUACUGCAUCUCCGAGGGGAGGACAGUGCAGAAUUUGUCACAGGAAUUUUUUUCCCAGCAACAUAUUGUGUUUUAAGACUUGUGAGAGGCAACAGCCAUACGUCAUGAUGUUAUGUACGACCAUAUCUUUUUAGAUGUUAUUUCUUGGGCUGGUCUUGGUGCGGAGUAAGAAAUUUUGACUGA